AUAUAUCCCACCCCUAUCAACCCCUAUCUAACCCCCACUUGCCCCAGUCCCCUUCUUUGACCCCCUCUGGGUGUAGUGUGUGGCUCAGUUCCAUUCCCCUUCUCUCCGUGCAUACCCCCCACCCCUCCCCUUUCUAUAUUCCAUCCUCCUUCCUUAGGGUCAGUCUGCCUCCGUCCCUUGUCAACAACAUUGGUGGGGGGGGCAGUUUAGAAAAGGAAAGGGUGGCACAGUCAGGUACUGCAGGGACAACAUCCCUGGGGGUGACAGAUGGACAGUCACCGGUUCACUGGCAUGGAGACACCCAGUGGAAAAAUUACGGAGACUUGAUCAGACGGGGUUGUUGGGAAAGUAAUAUCUAGAAGAUUCCUCUUUAUUGAGAUGAGAUUUCCCUAUGUAGCCCAGGCUGGUCUUGAACUUCCUCCUGUUCUUCAUCCUUCUGCCUCUGCUUCACAAAUACUAGGAUUGAAGGCAUGAGCCACCAUGCCUAGCCCCAGGAGCUCUGUUAUGGGCCUUAACCGAGGCCAUGAGAUCCCCAGGUAACUCCGACCUGACGCAAAGCGGAAAUGUUAAACUGAGCGUUCACGACCCCUGUGACACGGCCACAUGUGCUGGGAGAGGAGCAGCUCAGACGGCCCUGGAAGGGGGUUGUGGUUGACAGCAGGGGAACCUGGGAGGAGUUGUGACAGUUGUGACGGCAAAACUAGAACUGGGGCCAGGUGGCCUAGAUACAACCCCUUCCCUGACCCCAAAAUGGGAGAUGUCGUCUCAGCUAUCUCUCCCUCGCUAUUUCUCCAUCUCUUGCUGUCUCAUGUCUCUUACCCUUCUGAUCUCUGCUGUCUUCUCUCUCCCCUUAUCCUCUCCUCGGCUUUUCCAUGGCCAGGCCUUCCAGACUCGGUUCCCCACACUUCACCUCCGCCCUACAAUGCCCCCCAACCUCCAGCCGAGCCCCCCAUCCCUCCCCCACAAACGGCUCCAUCCUCUCAUCAUCAUCACCACCACCACUACCACCAAUCUGGCACCGCCACCCUCCCGCGCUUAGGAGCAGGUGGCCUGGCCUCUGCUGCGGCUGGCGCUCAACGUGGUCCUUCGUCCUCUGCCACGCUACCGCGGCCCCCCCACCAUGCCCCUCCCGGUCCCGCCGCUGGGGCUCCCCCACCCGGCUGUGCUACCCUACCCCGCAUGCCACCCGACCCUUAUCUGCAGGAGACUCGCUUCGAGGGUCCACUUCCCCCACCACCGCCUGCGGCCGCCGCCCCACCCCCACCAGCGCCUGCCCCGACGGCCCAAGCCCCAGGCUUCGUGGUGCCCACGCACGCGGGGGCGGUGGGUACGUUGCCGCUGGGGGGCUACGUGGCUCCGGGCUACCCGCUGCAGCUGCAGCCGUGCACCGCUUAUGUCCCGGUGUAUCCGGUGGGCACGCCCUACGCAGGCGGGACCCCCGGGGGUCCAGGAGUGACCUCCACUCUGCCCCCGCCGCCCCAGGGCCCAGGGUUGGCUCUGUUGGAGCCCAGGCGCCCGCCGCAUGACUACAUGCCCAUCGCUGUGCUGACCACCAUCUGCUGCUUCUGGCCCACAGGCAUCAUCGCCAUCUUCAAGGCCGUGCAGGUGCGCACGGCCUUGGCCCGCGGAGACUUGGUGUCCGCCGAGAUCGCUUCCCGCGAGGCCCGGAAUUUCUCCUUCAUCUCCCUGGCCGUGGGCAUCGCAGCUAUGGUGCUUUGUACCAUCCUCACUGUAGUCAUCAUCAUUGCCGCCCAGCAUCACGAAAACUACUGGGAUCCCUAAAAACGUCCCCGUCUCGGCCCCGCUCCGUGCCCCCUCCCAACCUCCCAGGCGCGUGGCGCAGUCCUGCCGCCUACCCAGAGCGCGCCCUGAACAUCCUCCUGAGGCGCCGCUGGACUUCCAGACAUCAUAAACUCCGCCCCCACGGAACCUCUGGCCCAGAGAGUACGCUCAGUUCCUCAGGAACCCCUCUAGCACCCACAUCCUCAGCGGCACUGGAAUCCGCGCCAAACCCCGACCCUCCAGUCGCCCCAAUUCCCCACCCCAUCAAAGUGCAGUGCCAGCCAGGGGCGGACCUCUCCUGCUCUCCGCUCCCCAGUAGGGAGUCAGGUCCCAGAAGCUCCGCCUCAUCUAUAAGCUCCGCCCCACAUCCCACAAACCCCGCCUCCAGGUCGGCAGGCUCCGCCUUCUUUUCUUCUUUGGGGUUUUUCAGUCUGGUGAUUGGGUCUGUGAAUCCAGGCCCCCAGCCCACAAUACAGACGGACUCGUCCCCCUACCUCCCUAAAAGGACUCAGCCCUGGGAGAAGUACACCCCCACUCUAGCUCGGAUUUUUGCCAGUGCGGAUUUUUCUCCCCGCCCCCAACCCCCAUCUCUGCCUAUUUUCUUGCUAAUUACAGAACUUCCCGUUUUGCGGCUUUUGGAGUGAGAUGAGGCAAGUUCCAGGUUUAGUACCCCUCACUCUGGAAAGAGAACCAAGUCCCUAUAAUGUAAAUACCCUUUCUACAUGUGCCAACCCCUGGGCAGCGGGGGCAGAAGAGAAUCCAGGGUUAAAGGGAGGGAGUCGACGCUUCCCCGCUCCCCUCUGCCCUAGACUUGUUUUGAUCUGUGUGUGCCAGUGUGUGUGAACUUCUGAAAGACAGUAUUAAAGACAUUUUAGUGGAUUUAUCACCCGCA